AUGCGCCGUUUUCUUCUUUCUUUCUCCUCUUUGUUAUACCUUGUUCUAGCCUCUCAUGCCCUUCACUUCUAUCUCGACGCGAACGAAAAGAGAUGCUUCGUUGAAGAACUACCCACAAAUACUGUUGUAGAAGGACACUACAGAGCUCUCGAGUGGUCAGAGGCUGAGCAAAGAUACUAUGAUAACCAAGAACUGGGAAUUCACGUUGAAGUGGAGGAGGUUGAAACGGCCCUCACAGUCGUCAAAACUAAGGGUCCCUCUGACGGACGGUUCACAUUUACCUCUCACGAAGCAGGAGAUCAUUCUAUUUGCCUCUCGACUAAUUACACGUCAUGGUUCUCUUCUACGCAUAUACGGAUGUACAUCGACAUCGUGGUGGGCACGACCAAAGCCGAUGUGGAACAUGACCGGUCGCAUGUCUCGGAAAUGGCUGCAAAGGUCAGGGAGUUGAACCAGAAAUUGGAAGAUAUCAGGAGAGAGCAGCAAUAUCAGCGAGAGCGUGAAACUGACUACAGGGAUCUUAGUGAAGCGACGAAUACACGAGCUGUUUGGUAUAGCGUCGGUCAGAUCGUGGUCCUUGUUUUGACUUGCGUGUGGCAGCUGCGGCAUUUGAAGAAUUUCUUUGAGGACAGGAAGGGACGGUAG